CGGCCUUCACAUUCACAUCCACAACUGUGACUUCUAAUUCUUUUGCACACAACAGCUGCACCACUCGUCCACCAUCCCACAUCUACCACAUAUACCACGAGCCCCGUACGACAGAAAGCUACAGCAAAUAUGAGCGCGCAGCCCAAGGACACCACCGAUGCAAAGAUCGGGUCCAAGACGUUGACUCCAGAAGUGACCUGGGCACAACGCUCAAGCGCAUCCGAGGCCGAAAAGAACCACAUCUUUCUGACCAUCGCCGUACCCGAUGUCGACCCCAAGAAGAUCAAGCUCGACAUCCAACCGCAAUCGCUCUCCUUCAGUGGAUAUAGCGAGUCGAAGAAGGCUGAUUACGCCGUGACCCUCGAAUUCUUCGCCGAGAUCGACCCGUCCGCAAGCAAGAUCCACCACUCUCCUCGCGCCGUGGAGCUGGUUCUGCAAAAGAAGGAGCUCAAGGCAGAGUACUGGGAUCGCCUGCUGAAGGACAAGCAAAAGGUUCACUUCCUGAAGACUGACUUUGACCGCUGGGUCGAUGAGGAUGAACAGGACGUUGCAGCAGAUGACGAUGACUACAUGUCACGCAUGGGUGGCAUGGGCGGCAUGGGAGGCGGCGCAGAUGGCGGAUUCGGAGGUAUUGACUUCUCCAAACUCGGCGGCGCAGCUGGCAUGGGAGGCAUGGGAGGCAUGGGCGGCGAAGAUGAUGACGAGGGAGACGAGGACGACGCCGAAGAGAUGCCAGAAUUGGAAGGCGAGGAUGAUGACGCGCAAGGCGGCGCCGCUGGUGCCACUGCGGAUAAGGGAAAGGCGAAGAUUGAGGAGGUCGAGUAGAGCGAAGCCGACUGAAAACUGCUGUGUCGCUCGUGCAAGUCCGGAAUGGCGCCGAUGGACCCUGAAGUGAUAGCUGCGUAGGAAGCAAAGAUUGCUUACAGCCGCAAAGCAUUCGUCGAUGCCAGCGGGAUUAAGUGGAGGACUACGAUAAUGUGGUCCACAACAUGGAAGGGUCGUCGGAAAAUGGACAACUCUUGCGACCGACACGGUCAAAGCCUCGAUCGUUGACCUUCUCCAACCCAUGAGGGGAGUCUAUUGCAACCUGCUCCUGGUCUAAGAGCAUGCAUUGCCAUUGGGUGGCGCUUCAGCGAGCGUGUGUUGAUGUUCAGAUUAGGGCUCUAUGCAUGCCAAAAAAAAUUAUAGUCACAUAUGCCAAUAGAAGAAAUUGGAAGAUACAUGACUUUCUUUUGCC